AAUUUUCAAAGAUCGAAGUACUGGGUGAGUUGAUCGCUGUUUCUUUCAAACUUGCUGGUUGUAAAUUUUUUUUUACAGCCCCAAUGAAGAGAUCGUUUAAAAUCAAUAUGCUAAAAUAGAUAUCGGAAACUUUUCUGAGCAUUGUCAAGUCUAUAUCACAUUUCAGAGGUAAUUACCAUAUGCAUUUUCCGCACUUAUUUCUUCAUUCCGUGUUGAGCGGUAUGACACUUUGAACUGACCAGCUUAAAUGUCAGCUUUCAUUCACCUUCGUCGGAAGCACUGAAACGUCCCGUAAUAAUUUCGCGCCUUUUUUCUUCACGCCUGUUUUUCUAUUUUCUUUUCCUCUCUUUUUUUUCUUUUCCAUUUCUUUUAAGUGGCUCAAUAAAAAAAAAAAAAAAUAAUAAUAAUAAUAAUUAUUAUUAUUAUUAUUAUUAUCAUUAUUAUAAUUAUUAUUAUUAUUAUUAUUAUUAUUAUUAUCAUUAUUAUAAUUAUUUUUAUUAUUAUUAUUUUAGGAAAUUUCCUCUGACCACACUGAGCUUACCUGUAAAAAAUGUAUAUGAAAUGUCUAUUUCAGAUCCCUUUCCUGUUACAGGACGAAGUUUAUGGUUUGUUUUAGUACAUUUCUGAACUUAAACUAACAUGAUAUGUAUUUGGUAUGUUUUUUUCUGUCCUACAGGGUACCAAAUCCCAACUGCAAGCGGAUGUUCAUGAGAUAAAGAAUGAAGAAUUGAGCAAAUUUGAGCUUCCACACAAACCCAAAAAUCCUGUCCAAGAAGUUGAGAGCUUCAAAAAGAUGACCCCAGCGGAGAGAAGACAGUUAGAGCUAAAUUUUUAUGAGACGUUCGUUGGGAUAUGUAACGAGGAGAAAAUCGCAGACUGCGAACACAAGGAUGUUAAAUUUCUAGCCGGACUGCUGGCCAAGGGAGACUCGGACUGCAUCAUGACCUGCUCCAAGUACCAGAUGCUGCAAAAUUUAGACAAUUUGCCGAAUGGAGUAAAAACUGUAAAGUUCAUCCAAGCUAUCGGUGUUUUCUUGAACGAUCUCGACAUUAGCAAGAAGAGAGAUAAAAAUAAAUUGACCGAAAUGAAUCGCAAAGGAUGCGCGGCCGUGGGAGGUAGUGAAUGUGCAGAAAAACGUCUCAUUGGCUUUUUCACUGCAAUUGUGCUUUUUACUGUUGCAAAGGUGGGGUUGUUAGCAGCUCAAAGCCAUAUCGCCGCAACAAGUGAUUCUGAGUUUACCCAGUAA